UGGGCGGCCAGCACGUUACGUGGUGCCAUCGCGGCGUGUGACGGGGCGAGCGGCACGUGACCCGAGUUCGGCGCGCUGCUCGUGCUCCGCGCGGAUUCGGGCUGAAGCUACCGACUGCCUGAGGCGGGGGGCGGGGGGGGGCCUUGGGCCUUUGCCCCCUCGUCCAGCGCGAAUUUGGGGAGGCGGGGUCCCCAAGAGUGAAGAAGAGCCGAGGAGGCAGGGUCGGCGGCCGCCUGGAGCCCAGUCAGGUCGCCUGGUGGGCCCGAGCCAGUCUCCCAUGGCAUCCCAGCCUGAGAAGCCCGGCCCGAAUCCUUCACCCUCAGGCACCCGGAUGACGGGGCAAAAGAGGGGCGGCCGGAAGGGGUCCCCUGCCCCUCGGCCGAGCCCGGGUUUGGCUGAGGCCCGACGCAGAGGGCGAGCAAAGAAAUUGAGUCAGGUGUCUGAGCAAGAGCUGGUGACCAACCUGCAGGACCUAGACCUCGAGGCCGAGUCAGAAAUACCCUCUGGGACAGGCCUGGUGCUGGAUGAGAGAAUGGGCAGCUUCCGCUGCCCCUGGGAUGACAGUUUCCCUGAACGCCCAGAACGCCUUCAGGCCGUGCAGCAGCAGCUGUCCCGGGACUGUCUGCUUGAGCGCUGUAUCCCGAUUGAGGCCCAGCCAGCCACUCCCCAGGAGCUGCAGCUUGUCCACAGCCAGGAAUACGUGGACCUAAUGUCAUCCACCCCGGACAUGACUCAGAUGGAGCGUCGGGCCCUCUCGGACACCUAUGAUUCUGUGUACCUACACCCGAACUCGUUCCCUUGUGCCCUCCUGGCUACCGGGGCACUGCUUCGGCUGGUGGAUGCCCUCAUGGGAGGCGACAUCCGAAAUGGACUAGCUCUUGUCAGGCCUCCUGGCCAUCAUGCCCAACGUGACAGCAUGAACGGCUACUGCAUGUUCAACAACGUGGCCAUUGCUGCCCGUUAUGCCCAGAAAAAGCACCAUGUCCCACGGGUACUCAUUGUGGAUUGGGAUGUCCACCACGGGCAAGGCACACAGUUCAUCUUCGAGCAGGACCCCAGCGUCCUCUACUUCUCUGUUCACCGCUACGAACAGGGCCGAUUCUGGCCCCACCUAAAAGCUUCUGACUGGCGGGCAACGGGCAAUGGCAAGGGUCAGGGAUACACAGUCAACGUGCCUUGGAACCAGGUGGGGAUGAGGGAUGGGGAUUACAUCAGCUCCUUCUUACAUGUGCUGCUGCCCAUCGCUCUGGAGUUUCAGCCCGAGAUCGUCCUGGUGGCCGCUGGCUUUGACGCUGUGCUGGAGGACCCCAAGGGAGAGAUGGCAGUCACUCCAGGGGGGUUUGCCCACCUCACUCACUUGCUCAUGAGUCUGGCUAAGGGAAGGCUGAUUCUGUCUCUCGAGGGUGGCUACAACUUGCGUUCCCUUGCUCUGGGAGUCAGUGCCACUCUCCAGACCCUCCUGGGAGACCCAUGUCCCUUGCUGGAAACACCUUGCAUUCCCUGCUUCAGUGCCCUGGAGUCCAUGUCCUGUACUCUGGCUGCUCAGAAGCCUUUCUGGAAGGGCAUCCCGAGGUUUCAGCCUGCCCCUGAUGACUUAAAAGAAGAUUACCGGGACAUGAACCUAGGCCCCAUGCCUGAUCUUGAGAUGCUGGGGAAGCCCCUGGACCAGGGCCUGCCUAUGGCCAUGAACCGAACGGGCCUGGUGUAUGACGCCAGGAUGAUGGAGCAUUUCAACAUGUGGGACAGCCACCAUCCGGAGCGGCCCGAACGCAUCGCCCACAUAGCUCAGCGCCACCUGGAGCUCGGCCUGACUCCUCGCUGUGUCUCCUUGCCCGCUCGCUGCGCCACGCUCCACGAGCUGCUCAACUGCCACAGCGAGGAGUACAUUGACCGGAUCCGGGCCACGAGCCACCUGAAGCCCCGCGACCUGCACCGGGAGGGCGAGAAUUACAACUCCAUCUACAUGUCCUCCCAGUCCUUCGACUGUGCCCAGCUGGCUGCUGGAGCUGCUUGCCGUUUAGUGGAGGCCAUCUUGACCGGGGAGGUGCACAAUGGGUUGGCCAUCAUCCGCCCACCGGGCCACCACGCCGAGAGAGAUGCCGCCUGCGGUUUCUGCUUCUUCAAUUCCGUGGCCGUGGCCGCUCGCCACGCCCAGGACAUGGUUGGCCGAGCCCUUCGAAUCCUGAUUGUGGACUGGGACAUUCAUCACGGCAACGGGACGCAGCACAUAUUUGAGGAGGACCCGAGCGUGCUCUACGUGUCCCUGCACCGCUACGACCACGGCACCUUCUUUCCCAUGGCCGAGGAUGCUGCUAGCAAAUGUGUGGGCCGGGGCCGGGGCGAGGGCUUCACCGUCAACGUGGCGUGGAACGGGCCCCGGCUCGGAGACUCCGACUACCUCAGUGCCAUGCACCAUAUCGUGAUGCCCAUCGCCUACGAGUUCAACCCUGAGCUGGUGCUGGUGUCUGCUGGCUUCGAUGCUGCUCGUGGGGACCCCCUGGGAGGCUGCCUGGUCUCCCCGGAGGGCUAUGCCCACAUGACUCACCUGCUGAUGGGGCUGGCCGGAGGCCACGUGGCUCUGGUCCUCGAGGGUGGCUACAACUUAAGCUCCAUCUCAGACUCCAUGGCUGCUUGUACUCGGACCCUUCUGGGCGACCCGCCCCCGCUGUUCCCUUGGCUUCGGCCCCCGUUGCCCGGGACUUUCGUCUCGCUGGCUGAGGUCGCCCAGGUCCACCAGAAGUACUGGCAGUGCCUUCGGCUUACUGUUGACACAGAGGAAGAAGAAGAAGAGGAGGAGACCGCCUUGCAGCCGGCUGAGGAGGAGAGUGCCCUGAGGCAGAGGCCUCCCGAAGAGAGCCCCCCAGUGGUGCUGACCAUAGGACCAAAGCUAGAGGAACAGCCUCCAUCCCCCGCAUCUGAGGAGACCCUGGGCCUGGAGUCCCUGCGGCUCGGGACCCACGCUUCUGGGGAGCCGGAGGCCGAGCCCACCGUUUCCAAAGAAGAGGACCAUGAGGAUCCUGGCCUGCUUGGGGAGGCGGCUGGGGGAGGGACCCCAAUGGUGGGGGAUGAAUUUGCUGCUGAGGGGACCGUGUUCUAUGCUGUGACCCCAUUGGCCUGGUGUCCACACCUGAUGACUGUGCGCUCGGUGCCUGAGGGGGGCCUGGACGCAACCCAGGCGUGCCAAGAUUGCGGCACCCACAUGGAGAACUGGCUCUGUCUGUCUUGCUAUCAGGUUCAUUGUGGACGCUACAUUCAGGCUCACAUGCUCCAACACCACGAGGCCUCGGGCCACCCAGUGGUCCUCAGCUACGCCGACCUGUCGGUCUGGUGUUACGCUUGCCAGGCCUAUGUGAACCAUGAGGUUCUGACGGAGGCCAAGAACACCGCGUACCUGUCCAAAUUUGGGGAGGAGAUGCCAGGGGUGCUGUGACGGCCCAUUGCCCCACCACCUCCCUUAAGCUGUCGUCCCUCUGAAUUGUUGUUGUGAUUCCCGUGGCUCUCUAGCCAACACACUGGCCUCCCAAAAUAAAAUAAAGCAGAACCCUAAAAGCA